AUGGCGGUGGCAGAUGUGAAGUUAAAUUCACCAACUCAAACAAACAGUCAAAGUGUUGUUGUCAAUGUCAAAGACAGAGAUGUUGAAGUGGGGAAACCAUACGAAGACGAAGAUGGUAUAACAAUUGUUCCUGUAAAAGAACCAACAUAUCCUGAAGUUAGCAGAGACUUAAGUUCUGUUGCAGAUAUUCGAAAUGACUACCAACAACUGAAAGACAAACUUCAAACUCAGGAGAAGAUUUGUCAAGCUUUAAGUAUAAUGUUAAACUUGGUCGAACACAACCCUGUAAAAGUGAACUCAUAUGUCAUUGCACCUCAUGAAGUUUUGAAAGA